UUAUUUUUUUAUUCAGAUUGGGCAGACUGUUAGUAUGUCAGUAAAACAUAUAACCUUGAUUGAGAAUCUCCUGAAAAGUAUCUGGUAACUCGUGUGUUGGUGACUGUCAUGUGAAGUGUCAGUUUGUAACAUGACUCAUAGCGUCACAGGCGGAAGGUCACGGAGCAGCAGAACGGAACUGAAGCGGGAGUAAAAAGCCUGUCCGCCAUUGUGGAAUAUGGUGAGGGAUAUUUCACUAAGACACUAGUCACUUUCAGGUUGGCUAUUUAACACCUAGCCGGCGGCUUUAACCAACACAUUAGCAGACGCUUUCACCGCAGACACCGAGACGCCGUUUGUAAGAGCCAGAAGGAGAACAAACGGAUCGUCGUCAGGUCUGAGCACGGGAGGAAAACGCUGCCUUGUACCCGCUACAGAGUGAUUGGACAACCCGAGAGAGGAGCCAGGAAAGCACCGGAGAGCAGAGAGAGAGAGAGAGAGAGAAAUAGAGAGAGAGAGAGAGAGAGAGAGAGAGAGAGAGAGAGAGAGGGGGAAGCCGUGGACAGUCUUCUCUAACAGCGAUCAGUUUCGGUUCCUGGAGGAUGUCUGCGACCACAGUCGAUCAGGUUCGUGUACUGACAGCUCUUCGAGGCAUUUGCGACGAUAUGAAACUUUGCGGACAACAGUUGGAUCUGGUUUGUCAUGCCGGAUCAAACAGGCUAAAAAGUCUCUGAUAUAUGAUAGCUAUUAGCUGUAAUGUAGGCCGACUGUAGCCGUAGCCGCUUGUCAAUGCGGCAGCGUUUAUUGCUGGAUGUCAGAGCCUUUGACAACCUGUAAAUGUGGCCAUCAGGACCGAGGUUUAGCUCGAGGUUACCACCAUCAUCGACUGCUAUGUUUAUCUGUGGAGGGUACAGUCUGCUCCUUAUGAGUGUAUGUGUGUCCGUGUGUCUUGUUUCCUGUCGUGAUUUGACAACGGUGUCAUCUUUUUUUCUCUGUGCUGCCCAUUAUUUCAGAGACCCAAAGGACAAGGAAAUAAAGGUAAGUGGCGUUUAACCAGGAGAUGGCUCAUGAAUGUGUUACAGCCAGCUGUUUUGGUUUCAAAUUAGCUUCAAUGUAUGGAAGCCCUGAGCGGACAUGGAUCAAUUUUAUUUAUUUACUUGGGUGUCCUGUGAUAAGGAAUAAAUCUCGGUUUUGUUUUUGAGAUCCCAGCUUAUUUUUAUCGUCUUAUUAUGUGAAAACAAAGCUGGUUUUCCUAUUUUAACAGAUUGAUUUAUGAUAUUAUCUUGUGGCAGCAAGCCUGGUGUUCUGGUGAUGGCAUUAUAAUUUUCCAGUGAUUUAAAAAGCAAAACAACAGGCUGGUGACUGUGAUAGCCCAAACCUUUACAUGGCAUGCAACCACUGCCCAAACUGAGAAGGUAAGUGAAGCCUUUUUUGUGUGUUUGUGUAAUGAUUUGCAAUGAUGGAGUUGUGACUUAUGAUCCUUUGGCACCAAAUUGAGAUUUCACAAAAACAACUGGAAUGAACUUAUCACAGAAAAACCAAAUAAAUAAUAUGUACAGACACAUGUCCUCCAUGGGCUUCCUUAUAAAUGCUGUCAUGGCACUGUAGAGGUUAAGGUUUGAAGCUGUAGCUAGAAAUGCAGAUUUUAUUUGCCCCGACUGGUGGUGUGUGUGUUGCACAACUAUUUAAGAGUUCACCUCUUCAUACCAAAUAGGGUGAAUUGAUGCAUCACACAGCUCCAUUGCUGAACACAUGAUGAUAUGUCCUCUCUUUCCAUCCUCAGUGCAAAACGGAUCAAUGCAUCAAAAAGAUGGAGUGAAUGAUGAUGACUUUGAGCCUUACUUAAGCAGCCAGACAAAUCAGGUAAUGACCCACAGCAAACCACAAUAUGGCCUCUGUGUGUGUGUGUGUGUGUGUGUGUGUGUGUGUGUGUGUGUGUGUGUGUGUGUGUGUGUGUGUGUGUGUGUGUGUGUGAAAGCUUGUAGGCUCACGUUGUGGACAGAUCAGUUGCACACAUUGGUGUCAGCCAUGAAACAAUUGAAUACAGUCACCACAGUGUGAUUGUUUUUAGGAAUGUCCCAAUCAGCUGUUUUGGCAGCUGAUUUUGAUCUGAUUUUUUUAAUAUUGUGCCUCUGCAAGUGUUUAGAUAUUAGAGCUUCACACAUUUUUGUGUACAAAAAUAACUUGAAAUAAUUAAAAUAACUAAAACAUUUCUUUGGGUUAUUCAAUUGAAUAUAGUCCUGCAAUAAUUGUUGCACAGUCACAUCUGAUUAGUUCUACACGUUCUGCUGUUUGAAACCUACAAACCUGGUAUGCAUGAACACUUAAACUGAAGGUGAUACUUCUCUUUCACAACGGUGGCACAAGGCUGCUAGUCAUAGAACAUAACUAUUGGACAUUAAUUCAGCUUUCUCACAUUAUAUCUUGCCGUUUUCACUCCUAUUUUUUUCACAAAGCAGAUCACAAUAUCAACUGACUAGAAUUUUUUUAAACUUGGAGGUGGAGGCAUCAACCUAGAGUCCAGUUUGGCUUAGCGUUAACACAAGACAAUCAUCAGAGCUCCAGAUGUCUUUUGUAAAAAAACAACCAAAAAAACAGUCGCAUCAUGUUUUACAUCACCUUAUAUGUAAAAACUUUGUUGUCCAGCUCUGCUUUGGUGAUGUCUUGACAUCUAGCACUAAGUCAGGGUGACAUCCUGCAGACCCAAAAGAUGGCAUAUUCUCUACAAGAGAGACAGGCUGGUUGUACAAAGCAAUGCAUUUAAACAACCUCCUUCGUUAUUUAUUUAUUUUUAGCAUUUUUGCUUUCUUGAAGACAUUUAUCCUCCUCGUCAAAAAACAGAGUUUGAUGCUUUGGUGAAAUAGCCUUUUUAAUUUUCUGAUGUUAUAAUACCACUUCGCAAAAAUGAUUAUGCUGCAUACGGUAUGUUGCAAGUGGCUGUUGAGCAUUCUAGUUAAAAAUGUUUUCUCAGCACUGACAUCUUAGCUGGUGUAACAGACUGUCCUGUGUUUGGUGCUUCGGCCUUUUUGAGACCAGUGUCCGUGGAGAGUUAGUAAAGCCUGCUGUAAAGUAGUGGUUGUUGAUUGAUGCUAUGAAGUUUAAUGUCAUAACAUUUUCAUAUCAAGUAUACAGUUGGCAAUCCCAGAAUGCUCAGUUACAUUAAGUCUCUUGUGUUCUGCUGCAAGCUGUGCAUAGCAACAGCUGAUGUAAUUGUUUGGCUCAAAUUCUCGAUCCCUAAUAAUAAUGAUGAAUAAAAGUCCAGAUCAGCUCUGAUCUAAUAGUUGAGCUCAGGAUCACGACUUCCUUAUUUUAAAUUUUCUUGCGUGUUGGAAAGAUAUUUGAUCUUGUAAUUGACUUGAUGUCACACUAUGCUGACUGUUCCUAUAAAAGAUGCCAUGUAAACUGAGUGGAGCUGGUAAUGAAUAAACAUCACUCCUUACUCUUUAUAAAAAGUUGAAGUUACAUCAAAUGUUUAUUUAUUUUGUGAAAAAAACCCACAGUUUUUUGUGCAGAACAUUAACCAGCUGUCUCCCUUUAUCACACAGAGUAACAGCUAUCCACCAAUGUCAGACCCCUACAUGCCAAGCUACUAUGCUCCAUCCAUUGGUUUCCCUUAUUCUCUGGGAGAAGCUGCUUGGUCUACAGCAGGAGACCCCCCAAUGCCCUACCUAACUACCUAUGGACAGAUGAGCAAUGGUGAGCCACACUUCAUCCCUGAUGGUGUGUUCAGCCAGCCAGGUGCCCUGGGGAACACCCCUCCCUUCCUGGGGCAGCAUGGGUUCAACUUUUUCCCUGGCAAUGCAGACUUUUCCACCUGGGGUACCAGCGUCUCUCAGGGUCAGUCCACGCAGACCUCUGUCUACAGUAACAGCUAUGGGUAUGCCCCCAGCUCACUGGGAAGGGCCAUCACGGACGGACAGGCAGGGUUUGGAAGCGACACUCAACUGAGUAAAGUUCCAGUGCUUAACAGCAUUGAACAGGGUAUGACAGGGUUAAAACUGGGUACGGACAUGGUGGCAGCUGUCACCAAAACUGUGGGUUCACCUCUAAGUGUCACAGCAGGUAUGAGCAGCAUGGCGGCCAAUAGCCUCCCCCCGUCUGUCAGCUCGUCUGCACCUAAACCCGCCUCCUGGGCAGCCAUCGCCAAGAAACCGGCCAAGCCGCAGCCCAAGGUUAAACCCAAAGCCAACAUGGGGAUGGGGGGAGGUGCUGCUAUUCCUCCACCCCCCAUAAAGCACAAUAUGAACAUUGGUACUUGGGACGAUAAGGGCUCUCUUAACAAGCCCCCACUAGCUCAGACUAUGAUGCCCCCGCAGCCUCUUGUGCAGCAGCCUCUCUUGGCUCAGCACCAACCCUUAUUGCAGAACCCUCUGCCCCCUCAGCCUCAACACCAGCCCCAACACCAACACCAACAUCAACACCAACACCAGCCCUUCCAGCUCCAGUCCCUUCAGUCCCCCCAACACCCCCAUUCUCUGCCCCCUGGCCCCCCACACCUGCACCUCACCUCUCAGCCUGGUCCCCCACAGCCCCUUCAUCAGCAACAACCCCAGCAGCCUGGUCCACCCCCUAACCGCUGGGUGGCACCCAGAAACCGUGGUGAGGGCUUUGGUCUGGGCGGUGGGAUCCCAUUGAGUGCCUCUCCAUGCUCUGGAGAAGUACAUCCCGUUCUGGAGAAACUCCGCGCCCUAAAUAAUUAUAACCCCAAAGACUUUGACUGGAACUUGAAAAAUGGACGUGUUUUCAUUAUCAAGAGCUACUCAGAAGACGACAUCCACCGCUCCAUCAAGUACUCUAUCUGGUGCAGCACAGAACACGGCAACAAGCGUCUGGAUGGCGCCUACCGCUCACUGGGCAACAAGGGGCCCCUGUACUUGUUGUUCAGUGUCAACGGCAGUGGGCACUUCUGUGGCGUGGCCGAGAUGCGCUCACCGGUGGACUACAAUGCCUAUGCAGGCGUCUGGUCUCAGGACAAGUGGAAGGGCAAGUUUGAGGUGAAGUGGGUCUUCAUCAAAGACGUGCCCAACAACCAGCUGCGACACAUUCGGCUGGAAAACAAUGACAACAAGCCAGUGACCAACUCCAGGGACACUCAGGAAGUGCCUCUGGAGAAGGCCAAACAAGUGCUUAAAAUAAUCGCCACUUACAAGCAUACCACCUCAAUCUUUGAUGACUUUGCACAUUAUGAGAAACGUCAGGAAGAGGAGGAGGCUCUGAGGAAGGUGAGAUAAACACACGUACACAGAACCCUUUUUUCUGUGUAAACAGCUUGUUUGUUUGCCAGAGAGUUCACUAUAGUUACCUUUUAAUCCAAAGGGAGGCUAACUUUCACUGAGUCACCGCUACAGCCUGUUGCCAGACUAUAAUCAGCUGAUCUGGUUCCACCUGCUCUCGCUCAGAGGUUGUAACUUCCUUUGGCUGAAUGAACACUCUGGCGUAAAUGGAAGUUCCCAGAGGCCUGUCAGCAGACUGACAUGCUACUGUAUUACUCAUAAGCAGGUUCAGGAAGCUGUGAUUCCUCAUCAGCCAUCUUGUGCUGCUGAGAUUGCGAUGCUGAUCUGCCCAAGUGGAGUUAGAUGCAUGGAGGUUUCCUGAAAUAGCCUGCAUUCCUGGCAUUCCUCUCCUUCAGACAAAGGCAGAUGUAGGCUCUGAUCUCCCUUUGAACGCAGAGCCUCUCGGCUCUCCACAGGCUCCUCAUGCUUUAUUAGUCUUUAACAACAUAAGCCCUCGGCCUGCAAACUGGCUGCAGUGUGCCUCAGAGUUAGCAGUUUGCCUCAGAUGUUCUUGCACAAGAAGGUUUCCCGGUAGAAACGUGAUAAAAUGCAUGGAUAUGCUCCUCUGUAUGUGCUGUUUAGGUUGUGAAAACUCUUUUGGUUUCCACCUGUGAUAAAAAAACGGCAGCAUAGGAGUGAAUAACAUGUUAUUAUUGUACGCAUCCUGCUGCAUUCAUUCUCAGAUUUAUCAGUAUGCUAAUAUAUUAGCAUUCAGAAACCCCCCCGUGACCCAAUCCCUUCUUUUCUCCCACUCCCCUACUGCUGCUUGCUCCAUUGAUGCUGUAUUGACUCCGCUUGCUGCUGACCUUGUUAAUAUGCGCUGGGUUACUUUCUCAUAAAUAUUUCAAGUCAAUGUUUUCAGGCUUCUGAAAACAACCUGUCAGUAGAAAGCCUGUUUCAUCCUGCGUUGUGCAGGCGUUGCGCUGUGCUGCUUUUGUAGCCCCGACCUCCUACAUGACAGGAUCGGCCGGGCUGAGGCCUCGCCCUCCUCCGCCUGACAAGGUUAAUUGUUCUCUGUUGUUUGGCCUGUCCUUCCCCAACUUUGAGAGGUGUCAAACCAGCGUAGCUACUUGCACCACAGCACCUUUCCAGAGUGCUUUUUUAAAUAUAGCUGGGGGUCUAAAUUAGGGCUGGGCAAUAAGGCAAUAUUAGAACAUGGAGAUGUAGAACAUGUCCACCAUUCAAGAGAGAUGGUGGUGUCGACUCAUUCUACCUGUUGCAGUUCUGUGGAUAGUCACAUGUGUAGAGCUCCAAUGGUGACCAGGCGCCAAACAAACCAUGUAUCUGCCACAUUGAAAAAGAAUCAAAGUUUUCCAUUUUAAAAGUUUCCUUUUUAAUCCUGAGCCUUUUCAAGCCAUUGUUAAUUUUUUGCAUCAAGCACAGACUGGUGGACUGGAGGUCUUUUUAAAGUCAUCGUUCUUGUUUGAUGUUCAUUUGCACAAAUUGUCAAAUAUCAAACAGGUUGAAAUCUGUUCAAAAAGGUUCUUUGGCGUAAAUGAUCUAUUAUUGUUUAUCUUUGUAGACUUCAUUUUUAAAGGGAAAUUUAGUCUGGAUUUACAGGCCAGUAACUUUCAAAAUAAAUAGUUUUAAAUCAAGAUUGUGAUUCUGCCAAAAUAUGAAUUUAUUAUUUCAUCGCCUACUCCUGAUUUAAAAGUUGUUGCAGGAUUUUAAUAGAGUUCUAAUUUGGCAAUUAAUAGCAGUGGGUUAGCGGUUAGCUCUUUGCCUCCUCUGCCUGUACAUGAAUAAAAGAGCUGACACCGUGUUUACUUGAAUAGCUGUGUUAGUGACAGUUGUAUCACAGCAAUACAGAUGUAAUUAAUUUGCUUGACAUGUGUGUACCAAAAAGGGUUAAAUCAUCUGACAGUGAGACCGUUAAUAAACUGUAGUAGAGAGUAUUACUUGAGGAAACGUAAUCUGUACAUUUGGGUCAUUUGAGUUUUAUGAGGUAUUCAGUUACAACAUGAUGUCACAAUCAAAUUGCAUUACGAGGUUGGAUUGCUGCCUUUCCUGCGGCCCAGCCUCGUUCAAAUGGCCACUCUGGAAAUAAUGAGGCUUCUGGAUCUUACAGACCUUUCCCCCUGAACACUGACAGGAUCACUCCCACAAAGAACACUUCCUGUCACAUGUAAAGGUGAUACAAUCCAGCUGUCAGUCCGAGCCCCUAACUUUGAUAAUCUCUCUAAUAGUGUCACAGCAUUUCCUGUUUUUAAGUACAUAACACACCCUGGAAUAUUUCAUAUUUAAAGUGCAUUCCGAUUGCUUAUGCUUUGUCAAGUGUGUGCAUAGUGGCGUUUAUCUCUGAGACGACAUUAUAGCAAGCUUAGUGUAGUGGAGUCUGUGUAAACAUUACUGAACUUUGCGGUUAACAGCACUUGAGGCCAGCUGGAGGAUCUAUUUCUCUAUGCUAUGCAUCCUACUUUAGAAAACAGUGAAAGCUCUAUCAACCUGAACUUGAAUGAUGUUUCAGUCCACUGUAAGGUUUUCACAAUCUAAUUUUUGUCAGUAUUUACACUUACAAGUAAAAUUCUGAACUAAACAUAAUAUAAAAAAAUUCAGACAAAAUUAAAGUCUCAUGAAAGAUGUUCUCACAGACAUAUCAUGAAUAUUACAAGUACCUGCAAACGCAAGUGUACACACAUUAUAUCAUUUAUUUCUCAGAGAACUUUCUAGUUGGUGUCUUUUUCUCUUUCAGUCCCAUCAUAAUUACAUUUCUUGUGCUGUUUUCUGAUAAAAAUAUUGGAUUAGUUUUCAAGAAGAGUUACGAGUUAUUUUGUGUUUUUCUGAGAAUUAAGCUAAAUAUGUUUGUCACUGAAAGCAGGUUUGGAAACCAGCUGUUUCUAUGGAGAACAGAAAGUCAAACUGUGUCGUAAGAUAAUAAAAUUACAAAAUGGAUCAAAAGAUGACAUCAAAGAGAAAGAGUAUUUAAGUAUUUAAAUAGGCAGAGUUCCUUGAAAAGUGUCCUUCAAAUCUGUUGCUUUUAUUCUUCGCUCUUUGGCCCCUUUUUUAAACUCUUUCUCGGUUUCUUGAAUAAAAUUCUCAAAACGUAAUCACGUCUCUCGAGUCAAGACGUUGUAUGGAAACUCCUUUAAAUGGGCUUUAAUUGAAACAUUUAUCCCAAACUGACUGAUGCUGCGAGCUCAUCACUGGUCUUUGAGUUAUAAUUGACUUAAAAACAGUCCUCUCAGACUGUUUACUCUGCAUAUUUCUCAGAACACAUGUAUGUACUGAAAAAGAGACAUUCAGUCAUGUUCUUCAGAGUGGUUAGACUAAUUUUAAGUAUUCAUUGGAUUCAUCUCUUCCUUGAGUAAAACAAAAGGAUAAAUCACUUCUUAAAAAUGGUUCACUGUCUUGUUUGUUGAUACCUUACAGCUUAAGUGUCCCUUAACUACUCCUAACUUUCCUGCAGACAUUGAACUCAUCCUUACCUACACUGUGCGCUAAACUACAAGCAAACAUGUAUAUUUUCCUGCAUUUUUAAGGACUUCUCAAGCUGUGUCACUUUGAGCUGCUGUUGAUGCUUUUUUUGUGUCUGUUCCUCUGGUUCUGAUGCCAACGACUGAUGAUCUCUCUGUUUUUUUGUCUCUUGCCAGGAGCGCAAUAGAAAUAAACAGUAACCUUCAAGCAAGCUCUCUGCUAGAACUGCAACACUAAUGACGUAGGACCUUAAUACAAAAUGAUUGCCUAACCAGAAGGAGGAAAGGCUCUCUCAAUCUUUCCGCUGAAGACGACAAUGUAUCUGAACACUUGAACAUGACAAUAGAUGGACUCAUCUGUAUCCGUUGACUGGUGAAUCAAAUCUGUGUUCCCGUCUCACGAGAAAAAGAACGUAACCCACUUUGAAACUAAAGCACUUUCAGUCCUCCUGAACAGCCUCUACCAUUACCCUUAACUCUGUGUUCUUCUUCUUCUUCUUCUAUGAUUUUGUUUGUGAACAACUAACUGACUAACCCGAGUAGUCAGGAGAUUUCACAAGGCUUAUUUGUAAUUUUUUUAAAUGCCUCAAAUGUUUGGGAUAUAGGCGAGCUUCAUGAAGAGAAUUAAAGAUGAUAUAUAGAUAAAUUAAUCUUCUACUUGAAUCUGUAUUCAGCUGUCUAAUCAUCCUCAGACAGAGGUUUGGAUGAUUGACAGGUGGGACGAAAUAAUUGGGAAACAGCCACAAUCAUGCCAAUCAUAGGAUGAAUCCUUCCCUCUACCUGUUCCCUUCUUUCUGCAUCUGUUUCUGUGUACCAAAAGAUUACAAUUAUGCAGCAGGCUGGCAAUCACCGGCCAGUGCACAAACUUUUUUUUGUUUCUCUCGUGAUUCUGUCAUUCUGAAGUGCAUUUGUCUGAGGAGAAACCUGCUGCUCCGGUGUUGAUGUACUCUGCUGUAUCUCAGGCUCAAUCUGACUGACUGUCCUUAACAGCUAUUAGCACUUUUGGGAGAACCCCCCCCACACACACAUCACCUUCUUCUUUCUGCUUGGCUUAACUGGGAUUCCCCCCAAAACAGCAAGACAUCAACUGCAAGGACGUGACAGUUUUCUCCUCUAGGUGACUCACUAGCUAAAUAAAAUUACCCAUGUUUAGCGCAAA